CUCUCUCAUGGUGCAGACGUCAACGUUAAAGACAGAGCGAAUCAGCAUCCAUUACACCGUGCGGCAACUAUCGGAAACAACAACCUUGUUAAGCUACUUAUAAACCCAGACGAUGGUAAAGAACGCGCGAAAACGAGGUUAAACACUUCUGAUAGAAUAGGUAAUACGCCAUUACAUUUAGCUAUUGAAUCUGGACAUGCGGCGACGGCCGUUUUAUUAAUUGAAGCGGGUGCAGACAGAGAAAGGCAAAACUACGAUCAGCAAACACCAGAAGAAAUUGAAGGAGUAGGGGGACAAGAACACAGAAGGCUAUUAGAAUAUAUAAAAAAUGCAUGUGGUCCUAGAACUUAA